AUUUUUCGUCAAUUCUGUGGCUGAGAAAGACAAAGGCGCAGCAGUCAAAGACGACGCUUCAUCCCAUCGCAAACACCACUCCCCUCCCUUCCCACUCUUCCCUCUCUCCGACAGACAACCAGCCAUGGCGUUCAUGCAGAAGUUCAACAACCUCAAGAACAAGGCGGUUGACCUCGCCAUGAACUACAGCGAGAUUGAGGUCAAGGUUCGCCAGGCCACAGAUGGCAACGAGCCAUGGGGCCCCCACGGCACCCUCAUGUCGGAACUCUCCCAGGCUACGUACAGCUACGAGGACUACCCUGAGGUGAUGGGCAUGCUGUGGCGCCGCAUCCUCAAGGACCGCGAGGGCAAGAACUGGCGUCAAAUCUACAAGGGCCUGCUGCUGCUGCACUACCUGAUCCGCAACGGCACGACGCGUGUUGUGGACAGCGCGCGCGACCACGUGUAUGACCUGCGGCAGCUGGAGCGGUUCAAGUACAUUGACGAGAAGGGCAAGGACCAGGGCAUCAACGUCGCCCACAAGGCCAAGGAGAUUUGCGACCUGCUCGCGGACGACGAGAUGCUGCACGCGGAGCGGAAGAAGGCGCGCAAGACCCGCGACAAGUUCAAGGGCAUCGGCUCGUCCUCCGUAUCCUACCACCCAGGGGGCAUGUCUGGUGGGCGGCGGUUUGACGACAUGGCGCCGACGCGCAGAUACGACGACAUGGGCGGCAGCCGCAGGUCGCGGUUCCGGGACAUUGACAGCGACGAAGAGGCGGACGAUGCGCGCGUCGACCAGUCGUCGUCGUCGUCGUCACGCGGCGAUCAGUACAGCGCACGCGUGGCCAAGCACAGGGAGGAAAACAAGCUCAACACGAAAAAGGGCGGCGACGGCGAUGACGACGACUUUGCCGCGCUCAGGGGCGCCAAGAAGGAGGAGCCGAAGCAAGCAGGCGGGCUAGUUGACCUUCUGGGCGAUGACACCACGACAACGACGAACAGCAACAGCAACCCAGACGACUUUGGUGCAGACUUCAACCCGCGUGGCGCAACAGCAGCAGCCACAACCACAAAGGCAGACGACUUUGGUGCCUUCAGCUCCCCCUCCACUGCCGGCAACACGGACUUUGCCAACUUUGCAUCCGCGCCCACCGCCUCAGACGACUUUGGCGCAUUCACAGCCCCGGCACCAGCAGCUCCUCAGCCCACCACCUCCAAUGCACAGCAGCAGCAGUCGAGUGGUGGCGGUGAUUUGCUCGGUGAUCUGUUUGGCGCCUCCUCGUCGUCAUCAUCGUCCACCAUGGCUCCAACACAGCAGCACCAGACGGCUUCUCUGAUGGACAUGGGGUCGAUGAUGACACCAACCACCGCCACCGCCACCACCACCACUGCACCAUCAACAACUGCUACAACGACCGCGACUACCACCAGCAGCAAGUCCGCUGCAUCCAAGCCGAACUUUGGUCGCCUGAAGAUUGACCUCGACAACCUCUCCCUCGCUUCCAAGGAGGAGCCCAAGAAGCCCGCCACCUCCGGCAGCGUCUUUGGCGAACCAUCAAAGCCGCAGCAAGGCUCCCAGAGCAUGCCACUGCAGCAGCAACCAGGCAUGAUGAUGAUGGGCGGCGGCAUGCAAGGAAUGGCACCACAACAGCCACCACAGCCGCAACAGCCCAUGAUGUCUGGCAUACUCAACACCGAUGCACCCACAGCAGCGGCAACAGCCCAUGAUGGGCAUGCCAUAUGGGCAACAGCCCGCCACAGCAACCCAUGAUGGGAAUGCCCUAUGGUCAGCAGCCGUCGCCACAGCACAUGGGGCAUUGGUAUGGG